CUUAUUUUUUAAUCAAAAGACCCAAACCAACAAACACUCCCAAAUUCUUUUUUCGUCGACUCAAAUUCAAAAUCCCUCUCUCUAGCUCAGUUCCUCACCGUCGCAGAUCCAUUCCCACCGGUGUAAAAUUAUCCGGCGGAGAUAUCAGAUCUAGCCGAUCUGCUCCAGCAGCUACCGUAUCAACAACGCAAGCUUAAGGAGGGAGAAAGGAGGAAGAUGGAGAAUCUGAUAUCUCUGGUAAACAAGAUACAGAGAGCUUGCACAGCUCUGGGAGACCAUGGAGACUCUAGCGCCCUACCUACUCUCUGGGAUUCCUUGCCUGCCAUUGCCGUCGUCGGUGGUCAGAGCUCAGGGAAGUCUUCAGUCCUGGAGAGCAUCGUCGGAAAGGACUUUUUACCCCGUGGAUCUGGUAUCGUUACCCGAAGGCCACUUGUCUUACAGUUGCAAAAGAUUGAUGACGGAGCCCGGGAGUAUGCUGAGUUUCUUCACCUCCCCAGGAAAAGGUUCACCGAUUUUGCUGCUGUGAGGAAGGAGAUUCAAGAUGAGACUGACAGGGAGACCGGACGUAGCAAGGCCAUUUCUAGUGUUCCCAUUCACCUUAGCAUUUACUCUCCCAAUGUUGUCAACUUGACACUGAUUGAUCUUCCAGGGCUUACAAAAGUUGCUGUUGAGGGACAAUCUGAAAAUAUAGUGAAGGACAUUGAAAACAUGGUCCGGUCCUACAUUGAAAAGCCCAACUGCAUCAUUUUGGCAAUUUCACCUGCAAACCAAGAUCUUGCUACCUCUGACGCAAUUAAAAUUUCCCGUGAAGUUGAUCCAUCUGGGGAGAGAACAUUUGGUGUCUUGACAAAGAUCGAUCUUAUGGACAAGGGGACCGAUGCAGUGGAAAUUCUUGAAGGGAGAUCUUUUAAGCUGAAAUAUCCAUGGGUUGGUGUUGUCAACCGCUCCCAAGCAGAUAUUAACAAGAAUGUGGACAUGAUUGCGGCUCGGAGAAGAGAGAGGGAGUACUUCUCCAAUACUACAGAGUAUAGGCACCUUGCACAUAAAAUGGGUUCCGAGCAUUUAGCAAAGAUGCUCUCCAAGCAUCUAGAACAUGUGAUCAAGUCAAGAAUUCCAGGCAUCCAGUCGCUUAUUAACAAAACAGUGUUAGAGCUGGAAUCUGAACUUAGUCGCCUUGGGAAGCCUAUUGCAGCUGAUGCUGGGGGGAAGUUGUACUCAAUAAUGGAGAUAUGUCGGCUUUUCGAUCAAAUUUUCAAGGAGCAUCUUGAUGGAGUGCGUGCUGGUGGCGAGAAGGUGUAUAACGUGUUUGAUAACCAGCUUCCAGCGGCUCUGAAGAGACUUCAAUUUGACAAGCAGCUAGCAAUGGACAACAUCCGCAAGCUGGUCACUGAGGCUGACGGUUACCAGCCUCACUUGAUUGCUCCUGAGCAAGGUUACCGUCGUCUCAUUGAGUCUUCUAUAGUAUCCAUCCGAGGCCCUGCUGAAGCAUCUGUUGAUACUGUUCAUGCGAUAUUGAAGGAUCUGGUUCACAAGUCUGUGAAUGAGACGGUGGAAUUAAAGCAAUACCCAGCACUGAGAGUGGAGGUGACAAACGCGGCAAUAGAGUCGUUGGACAAAAUGCGGGAUGGAAGUAAGAAAGCAACACUGCAGCUGGUGGACAUGGAGUGCAGUUACCUCACUGUUGAUUUCUUCAGGAAGCUUCCCCAAGAUGUUGAGAAGGGUGGUAACCCCACGCACUCCAUUUUCGACCGUUACAACGAUUCCUAUCUCAGACGAAUCGGAUCCAAUGUGCUGUCUUACGUGAACAUGGUCUGUGCUGGACUGCGGAAUUCAAUCCCCAAGUCCAUUGUCUACUGCCAAGUCCGAGAAGCCAAGCGCAGCCUCCUCGACCAUUUCUUUGCCGAGCUCGGUACCAUGGACAUGAAGAGGCUAUCGUCACUUUUGAACGAGGAUCCGGCGAUUAUGGAGAGACGAAGCGCCAUAUCUAAGAGGCUGGAGUUGUACCGAGCUGCUCAAUCGGAGAUCGACGCAGUGGCUUGGUCCAAGUGAAACGAGCAUCAUCAUCACAUGGCGACUGUUUUGCUGGGUCCAGACCCAGAAGAGACAUUUAGGUUGUAUAAGAUGAUCUUCCCUGGAAGACGAUAUCAUACCAUGUCGUUUUAUUACUACUUCACGUCGUUUGUUUUGCUGCCUCUUUUGUUUGUGUUCGUUUUUGGCCAUCACUCAUUAUGCUUGAGCUCUUGACGUAUGGAAUGUAUUUGAUUUGUUAUGUAGAGGAGAUAUUCAAUCUUAGUGUGAUUAAAAUCCUUUUAUUA